CCCGCUUCCUCCUGCCGCUCCGCCUCUUCCUCCCUCCCUCCUCCUCCUCCCCCGUUCCCGGACCCGUCGAAGCCCGCGGGGGGAGCGGGAAUGGAGCCGGGCCAGGUCUCCACAGAGUGCAGGUGGUUUCCAGCUGUGACCUCCUGUCCAAUGGAGCAUCCCUGGAUCCCACCGGUACGGCUCCGACGGGUGGGAUUUCAUCUUCUUCCAGCUGGGAUCCGGGAGCUUUGCAGUGUCCAUUGGUGCCACCUGGGUCACCCAGAGGUGCUGGGAAUCCAAAGGGAUCACGGUGGAGCUGAUGAAGCAUUACCUGGGGCACACCGGUGUGGAAGAGCUCCCAAAAUACAUCAGAUAUGGUCAGGAGGCUGUGGAGUACAAAGGUAGCACAACAAAAAGCUGUCCUCAAGUGCUGCAUCUCCACUGCACCCACAUGUCCUGCCUGCUCCAUGCCAGCUCUUGCUCUCCAGUUGCUCCUCAGAGGCCACGAGGGGCUGGCAAAGCCCCUGAGCAGGCACCAUGGACAGGUUUGAAAUGGCACCAUGAUAAGAAGAGAUUGAAAUGCUCCCAAGUCCCUGGGCACUGAGUCGAGGGGAAUUAAAGCCACACAGGUCACGUUUGCAGAGCUCCAACACAGCCCUGAUGCUGCUGCUGCUGCUGAAAUCAAAUCAACUUACAGAGGCCAUCACAGAAAUUGACCUCUGGAGUGUCAAAUAAAAGGAAAAAAAAAACCACCAGGAGAAAGACAAACCUCAACUUCUUCACUUGCUUCAUUGCUUGCUCUGAGCAGCAGAAAAUGGGGAUGCCCAAAGGUAUUUGCAGCUGCUGCUGAUCCCAGCUGCAGCUCAGCCCUGUGCAGAGUCCCAGCAGGAAGCUGAGCCCAGCCCGGGGAGCUCACACAGUGUCAGGGAGAUUCUUUCUCUGAAUUCACUCAGCCUUGCAUUCCCCAGCUAUGCCUGGUACCACCUCCUGUUUUCUUGGCUUAGAACAGGAGCAAUGCAAACCUUACCAAUGGCACAACUGCCCAGUCCACAGGGAAAAGGACAGAGAACUGGUAAAGUUCUCCAGACAUUUGUCCUGCUUUGCUGGAAAAGUCGUGCUGCACUCACAGGAUGGAAAUCCAAGAGAAGCUGGAGUUGCUGGCACAUCUUGUGACAGAAGCUGGACCUCGUUCUCCAUGAAAGGUUCUUGGAAAGAGCAGCUGGGACUGUGGAGAAGAUUGCUGGAAAACUGAAACAGCUUUCCAGAAGUGAAAUGAAAAUGAAAGAAACAAACCAAGCUGUUUUCCUCUAUUUUUUUCUAUGCUUCCCUUUUCCAUGUUGCACUACUUGUCCAUGCCAUUAAUUCCAAAGGGAUCUCAGCUCGAAGAUCGGUGACUUAGUGGGUUUUAGACACUCUAAAAUACCAUGGGCUGUACACACAGUUUGCCUUCCUCUGUUUUUGUUGUCAAGCAGUGCUGGAGACAUAAGUGUAGUGCUUGGGUCGGGCACGAAUCCUGCAGGCAGGGAAUGUGCCCCGGCAGUGUGUGAGCCUGAGCAGGGACAAUGCAGAGCAGCAAGCGAGGGGAUUCCUCUGGCACAGCGCAGGAGUCCGGACUCUGGGUCUGGGCUGCACAGGGCCAAGUUCCCGUGUUUGGACAGGCUCAGGGGCUGCCCCCGGGGCGCGCGGGGCUCGGCCGUGGAACGGACACGCGGACAAACGGCCCCGGGGCUUCGGCAGCAGCGGCAGCAGCGGCGGCAGCUGCAGCGACUUUGCGGAGUCUCCGAACUCUGCGACCCUCCUCACCUCCUGUUCCCCCUCUCCCUCUCCCACUGUCCUGCACUCUCUCUCCGUGUCCCGCAGUCUCUCCUGGUGUCCCUUUCCCGGUCUCCCCAGCCCCUCUCGGUGUCCCCGUCCCGGCCUUUCCUUCUCCCCUGCCGGGCCGGGCCAUGCCCCCGGCCCGCCCCCGGCCCCGGGCGGGGCUGCCCCGGCCCCGUCCCCGGGCGUCCCCCGGCGGUCUCGCCUGGGCCCGGCUCUGGCCGUGCUGGCGGUGGCGCUGCUGGACCGGGAUCAGUGCCUGGGGCUGGGGCGGCAUCGCCACCCUUUGGCUGCGCCUGGGCCGGGCACGGCCUCGGCCCCGGUGCCGACCCCGAGCCCGGCGCCGCCUCCUCCCGGGCCCCGCGGAGGACACACGCGGCGCGGCCGCUCCCGCCGCCUCCGCUGCGGCUUCCCCGGCCCGAGCUCCGCCGCUCGGCAGCGCAGCCGCCGGCCCCGAACCGCCGGGGCCCGGCGCGGGUGGGGAUGCCCGGCCCGGGCCGCUCGGGGGGCGCUCGGGGGCCGUGUCUGGCCCCGGGCCGAGCGCUGACGGCCGCGUGUCGCCCGCAGGGAAGGCGCAGGAGGCCCUGCAGGACCGGUACCGGCUGGGUUCGCUGCUGGGGCGCGGAGGAUUCGGCAGCGUCUACUCGGGGACACGAGUGUCGGACGGCGCCCCGGUGGCCAUCAAAUGCGUGCCGCGGGAUCGCAUCCGGCUCUGGGGCGAGCUGCCCAACGGCGCCCGUGCGCCCCUGGAGAUCGUGCUGCUGGACAAGGUGUCCGCUGGCUGUGCUGGUGUCAUUCAGCUCCUGGAGUGGCUUGAGCUCCCCACCAGCUUCUUGUUGGUGCUGGAGCGUCCGGAGCGGUGCCAGGACCUGUCGGCUUUCCUGGCGGAGCGGAGGUUCCUGCCGGAGGAGGAGGCGCGGGCGCUGUUCCGCCAGGUGCUGGAGGCCGUGCGGCACUGCACCAGCUGCGGGGUCCUGCACAGGGACAUCAAGCCCGAGAACAUCCUGCUCGACCUGGCCACCGGAGAGCUCAAACUCAUCGACUUUGGCUGUGGCGCCUUCCUCCAAGACACAGCCUACACCCAGUUUGCAGGAACCCUGUCCUACAGCCCACCAGAGUGGAUCCACCAGCAGCGCUACCACGGCGAGGCAGCAACGAUCUGGUCCCUGGGCCUCGUGCUGUACCACCUGGUCGUGGGGAAGCACCCGUUCAGGAGGGGCCAGCAGAUCAUCUGGGGCCGCAUCUUGUUCCCACGAUGGCUCUCUCCAGGUGGAUCCUCAUCUCUGGGCACACCCAGCAUGGCCUGGGCAUGGGAAUGGGGAGCCAGAGUAGACAGGAUCCUUCUCCAGGUGACUGAUGGAUUCUGGUUUGUCUCUUCAGAGUGCCAGGAUGUCAUUAAGAGGUGUUUGUCCAUGCAACCCUUGGACAGGCCAUCCUUAGAAGACCUCUUCAAUGAUCCUUGGCUGCAGGGUGUUCAUCUGCCCUAGAAGAUGGGGGAGGUCCAUGUGCACAAUUGGAUCCAAAAUCCUGGCAGGGAAGGAGGAGCCCCUGGAGAAGCUCUGUCAGGUGGGGCUGCUGCUGGAGACACCAAGGACAACCUCAGGGAUGACAAUCUCUUCCUCCACCUGGUCACCAGCAGCUGAAGAUGAUGGAGUUUGAUUCUGGCACCUUCUUCAGAGACACGCUCCAUGCCCAAUCUGCAGGAGUGCCACAACUGAGCAAAACCUGGCGAGUGGAUGGUGUUCCUAAGGCAGUGCAGUCUGGAGCUGAUGGAUGAAGAAUUAAUUGCCCUUCUGCACCUCGAAACCAGAGCAAAAAGCU